UUUGCGUAACUCGAAAAUAGAAUUUAUUAAUUUGUAUUCCAGCGUAAGGCAAAAAUGGAGGGAGAAGCAACAGAAGCUAUUGAAAUAGAGCAUCAUGAGUUACGACCAUUUGCAGCUGAUAUAUGCCCGGAACCGACACAAUAUCCUACGGAAGGUCAUAGCCACGGUAGUUUCGUUUCGUCAGUAUCUUCUGUUUCAUGCAUGCUGACAUAUGCUAAAACUACUAAAUUUACUGCAUACGCACUCUUGUUCAUCACUUGCAUUCCUUUUAUAAUUGGAGCAGCUUUUACGAGUAUAUUCAUAGAAGAUAAAAAUUACAAUGCGGUUACGCCUGCUUUUCUGUCAGCAUUCAACUUACAUGGCACAAAUUAUUUUUCAUCAGCUGUGUUUAGUGGACUUAGUUUGACAUGUGGUCUUCAGCUCUACCUUACAGCACAGUGGUAUCAAGAUGCUUUACAAGUUCAACAAGCAGCUCAAUAGUCAGACAACUUCAAAAUGCUGCACAUUCUUUUUACAAGGGAAUAUGGAGAAAUUUCAGUUCACUGGACUACAUAUUGGAAAAAGAAUUCAUGAUAAUUCUUUGAUUAAAAUUCUGAGCACAAGAAGUAAAUGAAUUUCUUAAAAAAAUAUUAAAAAACAGCAUGAAUAGUAAAUAUUGACAAAUGAAUGGUAACAAAUAUUUCAGAGUAUUUACAUGUUUACAUUAUCUAAGAGGUAUGAGUUUAUAUGCUAUUAUAUGAAAUUUGCGUACAGUGAUAUAUCUCUCUCCAUCCUUCCCCAAAUAAAAACAUCACUUAGGCCUCUAAAAUUUUAUAAGUUUUGAGAACUUUUUUUAAUUAAAAAAUUUUUAGGAAUACUGAAUAUGAAAGUUAUAUUCCUCCAUCAUGCAAAGAUUAUUGUCAUUUGUAUUAAUGAUGUCUUGAUUGGAGUUAAUACUUAUAGAACAUGUUGAAAGUAAUAAUAAAAGAAUAAAUAAAACAAAUUCAGCAAACAGCAUUAUGUACAUUUCAACAAAAAAUACUUUGAAUAAACAGAAAAUGCCAUUAUAUACAUUUUUAGCAUGCAUUAAUAUUACAGUAACUUAUACCAACAAAAUUCUCAGCUAAAGACUAAUUAGCUUGAGUCUUGGUACAUAAAACCUGUAUCUAGUGUGCUUAAAGUACUCUCUUUGGUCUUUUGGAAAGAAGUGAAGUUUUAAUCUAUGUCAAAACAAAAGAUUUGAAUUUUUACAUUGCAUUCUUAACCACAGUCAUAAACUCGUGGCUUAUAUUGUUAGCAGAAACACUUAAUAAAAUGACUUCCUUCAGAACAAUCCAAACUUUUUCAACAAUGACCAUCACAAAUUCAAAAUUUUCACUUACUAUUAACUUUCUAGUAUCUGCUAUAAUGACAAUAUCUUUAGUGAAGUCUUAAAGUGAAAUCUUACUUCAAAACUUUCGAUUUGUCAACUCUAUUAAUUUUGGUUGUUCUUUAGAAGCAAAUGUUUCUCAAGAUGAACCUAUGUCAGUCACUCUUGAUAUCAGUAGUUUUAUAUAAAAUCUAAGUUAGUAUAAGGUUGAAUUUUUUGGCUCUAAAUUUAUGCAAAAAGAAUAUCUUUCUUUUUCCUUAGCACACAUUCUACUACUAAAUAUAUCUAAUUCUAAUCAUCUAAGAAAAAUAACCAGAAAUAAGCAAUAAUACAAUUCCACAGGUAAAAAUUGCAUUGAAUUUACUUCAUCACUAAAUUUGUCUUUUUCAUCAUCACUGCUAUGUUUGCUUUACAUAUUCAUCAAUGUGGAAAAUACAGUACACUAAUAUUCAUAAUCUCAUGACUGAAACUACAAAUUAAAGCUAAAUUUUUGUUACAUUUCAGAACUGCUCUUGUGACUAUUAUCUUUUUACUUGCAAAACAAAUAUAUUCACUUUUGUGUCAGAAAUGUUCUAGAGCUAUUAAAAUAUUGCAUGUAAAUGUAUCAAAAUAUAAGAUUUUUUGCUCAUCUUUGUUUUAAAUAAAUAUAUGACAAAUUAAAAUUUCUGACUGACUGAUUUAGUCAGUGACUCACUUAUCUUUGAUGAUUAGGAGCUGCUGUUUAUAAUUUAUAAAAGUCAACAAAUAUUUUAUAAUGGUGUAAACUGUAAGAGUACAAAUACAGAUAUGGUAGUACAGAUGCAGAUAUAGUAUUGCAAAAAUAGUUUUUCAAAUCUUUUAUGAUGGUUGCCAAAUAUUGCAAGAACUUUUAAUUACUUACAACAACAGUGGGAAUUUUGAUUUCUUUAUAAAUUACAACAUAAAAUUCAAUUUCUAAAAAUGAUGUUAACUGAUAAAUAACUUGAGUAAAAUAUAAAUGCUAGCAAGUAAUGUAGAAUGCAUUACCAGAUUUUGCCUUUAAAUCACGUUUUCAACAUAAUUUGAAAACUAAAUAACUAAUUACAUAUAAAAUGAUACAGAAUGAAAUGACCAUGAAUUAAGAAAUAAUCUAUAAGUAAAUAUGGGUUCCAUUCUCAAUAACUUUAAGAACAAUAUGAUUUUUAAAUCAUAAGAAAGAUUAUUAAUACCAUUAUAAAUACAGUAAGUUUAUUAUUUUUAAUAUCUUCCCAGAUUUGCUAAGAAUCAGAUGUAUUUUCACAUUGUAUUUUCUAGUCAGCAUAACCCAAUUCGCCAUCAUGGGGGAGGAGAGAUCAAUUACUUUUCAGAGUAUAAUAUACAUACCAUGGUAAGGCAAUUAGAUUCAGGAGGGAAAUGUAUUUUCCCCCUGUUUGUGAAAUCUCAAGACUGAUUUGCAAUUAUGAAGCAUUAUCUUUUUAGCAAUGAAAAAUAGAAAUCAGAGCUUCAGUUUUUUAGCAACUUCAGUGAGAUUUAGCAAAAAUUCUUUAAAAUUACAAAUACUUGUGUAAAUAUGUUUCGUAUAUGGGGCAUGAACUAUAUUCAAAGCAAUACUCAAGUGUAAUGAUUUAAAAUAUGUUCACUGAAUUACAUUAACCGACAUAAUCAACAUUUCAGAUUUAAAAAAUAAUGGUUUUGUCAAAUGACACAAUGUAAUACAUCAAUGAAUCAAAAUAAAUGCCAAGAAAAGUACAGACUUAAAAGUUUAUUUACAUAUAUGCAUAAAUGCAAAUUAGCUUAAUGAACAUCAAAGCAUGAAAUAAUGUAAAACCUUUAUACAAGAUAAGAUACAUUACAGAGAUUAAAUAGAACUUAAAAUGGAUACAGUUAUAAACAGAUAAUAAAGUUUAAAAUGUUAUAUACACAAAUAAACCAAAAAUGAAAAUUAAUUAAUAAUUCUCUCAAAGUGCUAUAACGUAUUAUUGUAAACUAUGAGUAGACUAUGAGUAAAAAUGAUAAAUUAAAAAUAAAGUAAAUAAUAAUAUGUACACUAUUAAAAAUGCAAUAAAAAACUUAAAUAAUUCAAAAUUCUAUAAAAUGAAAAUGUAUACUUAGCAAAGUGGAUUAACUUUACAAUCAAAAAUAUACUUUAAAAUUUAAUAAAAAAUUUCAGCUUUCAGUCCCAUUUAACUUGCUCAAAUUUUUCUGACAGAAUUCUAACAAUUCACUGUAAACUUGAAUUUUUAGUUGCAGUUCUGAUAUUUAAUUAAGCACUUAAUCAAACUAAAGGGAAAAAAACUGAUGGAUCUGGACCUUUCAAAAUGGGAGAUUAUUCCAUUUUCAUCUCAAAUAAAUGAUAAUUAAUGACUGAUUGGAGUAGCAUCACAUCCUUAAAUGCAGACAAAAUGCAUUUUAUAUAUUGUACUUUUACAAGGCAUAUAUUAUAAAAUUUCUUAAAAAAUUAAAUAAAACACACUAAUUAAGCACUUCAAUAGUACAAAUCUACAAAUAUUUGCAAAUAUUUUGUAAGAUAAAAUCUAAGCAAAUAAUUAUAACAAGAAAAUGAGUUUGUACAAAAUCAAACAUUUUAACAACAUAACAGCUUCCAAAAACAUAUUUGUUCAUACUUUACACAGUCAAUAAACAUUACAGUUAUUAUACAUUUAUAUAUUUUGCUUAACAAUAAACAGCUUUACAAAACGGACAAGGAACUGUUAUAGAAAUAGACAGAAUCAUCUAUUAAAAAAUCAUGUCAUUAGUCAUUAAAAAGGUGAAAAAAAGUAGAGCAGAAUGAGCUGUUAAAAACCAUUUCAUGAAUAAUUAAAAAUUACAAAGUGAAUAACAUGAAAGGUAAAAUACAUCCUUGUGAUUUCACAGAUAUCAUAAGAAAAGAAAUUUGUGGCCAGCAAUUUUUUUAUAGUAUAUAUUUUUCUAUAGUGAGACAUUUCAUUGGAAAAAAAAUUGGUCAUUCAAUUUAUCAAAUAAAGGUGACAAAAUUUUUAAUACUUGCUAUAAUUUUAGCUUCUUUAUUAAUAACAUAUAAAUGUUAAAAGUUUUCUAAAUCUAGAGCGGGAAAGAAAGUUUAGGUAUUGUACUGAGUGGCCAAUUUAAUGAAUUAAAAAAUUAUAUAAUGUACGCUAGGGGGAAAACAGAAAAUGGUACUUCAUGAUAAAUCCAUUCAGUGAAGUAAUAGGUUGAUAGCUCAAGGUCAAUGUUAUGACAUAACCUAAAAGAUUUCCCCUUUAUUAUACAGAAAUAUUUAGGAAAAUUUCAUACUCAGUGUUUAAAAAAAAAAAAAAAAAAAAAAAAAAAAAAAGCAAAAUCUGUGAUUUUAAAA